CCUGUCGAUGAAGAAGAAGCGAGACUUACAAAUACCGGAAUUAUCCGUGGAAUGUGAAAGUAGGGUAUUUCUCUAUAAUUUACAGUUUUGUCCAACAUUUUGUAUCAUGGUGCAUACAUAGUCAUAGCCUAUUUACAUCGAAUGUUAAACGGCAUGCGUGCUUUAUUUUGUUAACUUUAUAAGUUGACAACAUUGUUGGUAAAUGUGUUGUUGAAGUUAGUCUAUUGGAUUUCCGACGUCGUCUCACUUCCAGAUUCAGUUCUGUAUUUCGAUUAAACGCCGCUGAAUGUCAUUAGCCUACUGCUCCUUUCGUUCGGAAAUCAACUAUUGAUACUUUUACAUAAUGAGAUAGUGCUCUUUAUUAUUAACAAUGUAUGCGCUGGUCUCAUCUCAACGUUAGAGGGACAUACCGAGGACCAGGUAGCCAGCCACCAUGGCUGCUGUGCAGGACUCAAUCUACAUGAAAUCUGCUGACCUUAUCAAAAAGGAGCCUCUGGACUACGGCGGCUUCGGUACCGUGUACCUGUGCUAUCACAAAACCCUCGGUCAGGUGGUUCUGAAGACCGUCUACACCGGGCCACCGCGCAAUGAGUGAGUAGUUGGCCAUGGUGGGGAUUCCCCAGUGUCCAUGACCAGUGUUGUGACUGUCACGCUCCAAAAGUUUCAUAUUGUUUUCUGAUUUAAAGUAGCAACUUUAAAGUAUAUUUUUGUAUGUGAUCCAUUAAGUAAAGUUUGUUUUCAUAAUAUAUAUAUUUUUAAUGGUAGGCUACUUACUUGCAAGGUUUAACACACCUUUUAGAUAAGGGAUUCCCCUUCCAGCAUUGGCGAACAUCCCACGCCACCUCUAUUUCUAUGGCCACAAGCACUGUUCACGACACAAACUGUUCACACCCCUCUCGUUCAUGGAGAGAAUUUUGCAGGUUUAAAGCUUAUUUCCUGCAAUUCUACACAUUUUGUCAUGGGUUGCAAAGAAAAUGCUGUAGUUUUAAAGCUAAUUGUCUUGCAAUUCUAUACAUUUUGCCAUGUCUAAUGUGUAUUCAUGUGAUAUUUGAGUGAGUAAAAAGUUACAACAAUCUGGGCUAAAAAAACGAAAUAAAAAAAAGUUCGCUGGCAUGGGCUAGUUGAUUUGGACAUUUCUGACAAGUUGUAAAUAACUCUCUAAGGAAUGCAAUGACUAACAUGACAAGAGGAACUGAUUAUGCCCUACCCAAUUUUAAAAUUGCACCCUGUGCAUUCUACUAUUACAACUUUCAAGAGUAAGUUUAAAGCCAGACUGUGUUCCUUUUAAAAACAAACGGGCGUGCCUCACUGUUUGGAAACAGCUGUUUUAGAUAAUGUUUUAUAAGUUCACAUAGAAAAAGAACCAGUCAGACCAGACACAGAGGCUCAGUUGUUUGAGAGUUCCAGUGGGUAGGUUACACUUCUCUUUUCCUGUGACACAAAGGAUGUUAAAAACAGAGAAAAUGGGUGUCUGUAGACAUGUUCCUGUAAUGUGUAUAGUCCUCAACUAGGCUACAGUCGGCUUAGUUAUUCCAUAGUAAUACAUGUCCAAAUUAACAUAUUUUCCGAACUGGUUGUCUUGACCAAGCCUUCCUCCCUGUCUCCCCCAGGGGCAGUAAGCAGUCCCUGCUAGAGGAGGGCAACCUGAUGACCAGACUGAACCAUGAGCGGGUGGUCAAGCUGCUUGGGGUGAUCCUGGAGGAUGGGGACUACUCUCUGGUCAUGGAGCUCAUCCCUAAAGGCAACCUACUGGCCAUGCUGGACCAGGUGAGAGGAGCUCACAACAACAACAACAACAACAACAAUGACAACAACAAUAGCUAACUUAGUCUACAGUGUCACUUUAGGAGUGAGGUUAGGUCCUGAACUCACAGGCUAGCCUCCUUCCUCUCACUGCAGAGGUGGGAGGUCUUCAAGCAGAACUCCACAUCACACUUUUGUCUGUGUAACAUCAACAAGCUAUUUUCUCUUUGGGAAAACAACUUUGAUAUGUUCCUGUCUUUUCUCCAGGUUUCUGUGCCGAUAUCUAUCAAGGGCAGGAUCAUAUUGGAGAUUCUGGAGGGGAUGGUGUACCUGAUGAAGAACCGUGUCAUACACAAAGAUCUCAAACCAGAAAACAUACUGGUGGACAAGGAUUUUCAUAUUAAGGUACAGCACACACUGUAUAACAUAUUAUACUUUAUUAUUGUUUCUAUCAGACUUCACUGUGUGUGUGUGCGCGCACCUGUGUUGUGUCUGUCUGUGUAUUGAUGUCUCUAUGCUGAUAUAUCUGUAUGAAUAUGGAUGUGUGUGUGUAAUCUGUGUAUACAUGUGCGCAAUGCAUGUACAUGUAUGAAUUUGCAUGUCUGUAUCUGUGCUCCAGAUUGCAGACCUGGGCCUGGCCACCUGUCAGAUGUGGAGUAGGCUGACUAAGGAGGAGUCUCGCAGGCAGAGCCGGCUAGGACGUAUGGGGGCUGGGGGAGUGGGGGCCAGGGCAGCUGGUACUCUGUGCUACAUGGCUCCUGAGCACCUGGACAGCAUCCAUACACACUCCUCUGAGAAGUCUGACAUCUAUAGCUUCGCUAUUGUCGUCUGGGUCAUCCUCACUGCCAGUGAGCCCUAUGAAAGUGAGUGUUGCUCACUCAGUCUACAGAGGCCUGUUGGGGUUAAAGUAGUCUGAUGCGAUUUCAGCCAUAUAGUCUUUUUUUUGUUUUCUUUGGUGAACUCUCAUAUACAGUGAGCUCCAAAAGUAUUGGGACAGUGACAGUUGUUGUUUUGGCUCUGUACUCCAGCACUUUGGAUUUGUAAUGAUACAAUGACUAUGAGGUUAAAGUGCAGACUGUCAGCUUUAAUUUGAGGGUAUUUUCAUCCAUAUCGGGUAGUGCUGAGCGAUUAGUUCUUUUUUAGGUCGUUUCGAUUCUAAAUCAUAGUUUUCAAUUUCGGUUGCGAAUUUUUUUUUAAUUAUUUUUUUUAAUGUACAUUAUGCGCUAUGCAUUAUGUGGGUUGUAAAUGUUGUAACAACACAGAAUAAAACAAUGAAUAAAAGUCCCAUGAUGGUAGUGACUGCCCAUUUACUGCUUAUCACUUAUUAACCAUCAUUUAUUCACAUUACUUUAAUAAAAUAUUUCAGUUCUGUAGCCUAUAUUACAUUUGAUUUAUUUGAAUACUUUAUUAUUUCAUACCAAAUCUCAUUUCUAUAGAGGUGCUUCCUAUGCUGUCUGACAAAAUCACUAUUUUGUAGUUCUUCAAAGUAAAUAAGGCAUACUUUAAUGACUGCUGAAUAUCAACUAUCAAUCACUUAGAUCAUGUAUUUCAGGUAGAGAUACCUCCUGAAGCAACAGCUGCUCUCUAUAUAAACUCACAAUCACGCAUUCUUCUGUCUCUUCUGUAGCAGGCGUAAAAGAAACACAGACCGGACAAGUAGAUGCGCAAUGGAUUAAGGUCAUUGUAGUUAAUUACCACGUUUUAUGAUGAUAUUUGUGCAUCUGUAACUUUCUCACUCAUCACUAUUCACAAUUCAUUCAGGAUUAUAUGUAAUCAUGGUAGCAUCCAUGAUCAUGUAGAAGUGUUUAGAAACAUUCUAUUCUUAUUUACAAUAAAAGUGACUCCAAAAUGACACAAUACAUUAUUUACCAUUCAUUUCUAUUGGGCACAAUAUAAUAUAAUAUAAUCUGAAACACAACCAAAACAAACAGCAAAUGCAUCCAACAAAUGUGUAGAGUCACAAGCUUGAUGUAGUCAUUGCGUGCUAUGAAUAUGGGACCAAAUACUUAACUUUUUACUACUUUAAUACACAUAAGUUAAUUUGUCCCAAUAAUUUUGGUCCCCUAAAAUUGAGGGACUAUGUACAAAAAGUGCAGACAUUUCACCAGAUAUGGAUUAAAAUACCCUCAAAUUAAAGCUGACAGUCUGUACUUUAACCUCAUAGUCAUUUUAUCAUUUCAAAUCCAAAGUGCUGGAGUACAGAGCAACAAAAACUGUGUCGCUGGCUCAAUACUUUUGGAGCCCACUGUAUUUUAUAGUAAACAUUUUAUGAAUGGAUAAGGUUUUCAAAUGCCUGUACAGAUUUGAAUGCACUGAAUUAAUAUUGGACUACUGUAUUUUCAGAUGCUCGGAGUGAGGACCAUAUCUGCCAGUGUGUCCGUAAAGGCGAUCGUCCUGAUGAAGACCUCAUCCCUGAUGAUACACCUGUAGAGAUCAUAGAGCUAAUGAAGAGAUGCUGGCAUCAGGAUCCACAACAACGACCAACAUUUGGAGGUGUGUGUGCAAAUGUGUAGUGAGAUUGAGGUACAGGAAUUUCUAAUAAUAUAUUACAGCAUACACACAAUGGCAAUACAUCAAAUUGUAUUUGUAUAGCACUUUUUACAAAUUAAUAUCAAGGCACAAUUCACGAAACCCAGACCUAACGCCCCUAAAUAGCAAGUUCAGGGCAACAGGAGCUUGAUAGAACUCCUUAGGGGAGUGUAGAAUAAACCUUGAGAGGAACCAGACCCUUCAGGGGUCCCCAUACACCUGUGACUAACUGGACAUAUAUAUAUAUAUAUAUAUAUAUAUAUACAUACAUACAUACAUACAUACAUACAUACAUACAUACAUACAUACAUACAUACAUACAUACAUACAUACAUACAUACAUACAUACAUACAUACAUACAUGUACAGACACGGUAUUAAAGGGUGUAUUACAAAGCAUUUACAACUUGUACAUUCCAACACAUAUGAGUUCAAAACAAGUGCAAUAUGCAACCAAUAUGCUGUGUCAUCAUCAGAAGUGAACAUUGGACCUAAUGAAUAAAUGAGUACUUCCAACAAGCAUCAAUUCAAGUGAGCCCUUGGCAUUCAUGAGUCUAAUUUUGCAUCAUGGUCUAAUACACAGACUCUUCUGUGGCUAUGUUAGUCAUAUGACUGCUCUAAUUGCUGUCUCUUUCUCUCUCUCUCUGCUCUUCUCUCUCUUUUUCUCUACAAGAGGGCUACAACUUCUUCCUUCCCGUCUACAGGGAGAAGUUGGAGCCAGAUGUAGAAAGGGACUCACUUGGUCUCAGAGUAAGUUGAAUGCAUGAACAAAGUGAUAGCGUUGCCAUGAGUACAUCAUUGAAUUAACCAAGUGCGCCACAAAACAAUGUUGGAACAAAUACAGUAACUUAGUGAAAGAUAUUGAUGGGUGCUUUGUUUGUGGUGAUUCACUAAGUUGUAGAUAACUUUUGAAAACACAAUAUUACCUAUGUGAGUGAGUGAUUACCUCAUGAUAUUACCACAAUAUUACCUCAUCUAUCAUAAAAGGUCCAUAACACCUUUUAAACUAUAUUAUGCAUCCUGUGAUUUGUUUCAUUGGCAUGUAGGACUUGUACGAGGGGCCUGAGGAGCUGGUGGAGAAGAUGAAAUCUUUAUCGAUGCCUCCUGAGAGCCUUACAGCAGGUGAGUGGUCUGAUGAGCACCACGGGAGGCAGGCUUCAUGGCCCUGACCCUUUAUAGCUCUCCGCCUUACAACUCCAGACUGCUCGCUGCCUCUUUAUACAUGCCGUACACCUCCAGACCGCACACUGCCUUGCUAUACAGUCUCAGCGUGGUGUAGACUUGUGUCAAGUUUCAUAUUUAAUAUACUCAGCCUAAGCCCACUGAUCCAAAAGUUUGGACAAAGUCCACUGAAAUAUUGGGCAUGACAGAAAAUGAUAAAAAAUCAAACAAGACGGGAUGCACUAAGACUAGGGCUGCGGCGGUCAUGAAAUGUUGUCAGCCAGUGGUUGUCAAGCAAAUAACUGCCAGUCUUACGGCAAUUGACCGUUAAUUAACAUAAAACGCAUAGCCUACAAGCCACUGAUGCAGACCUUUUGGAAUCUACAUUUAAACACAAAGCCUACACCAACACAAUUAAUCCAUUAUUUAUUUUAGACAGGUCUAAAGAAACAUGAUAUGAAGAAAAUGUAGUCUAUUUCGGAAGAACAGAGUAGCGUACUCUGAGUUCUCCUUAUGUUAGGCCCUGAUCUGGCUAUGCCAUAUGGCUGUGGGCUACACUAGUUCAUUUAGCAGACAAGAUUUGCUUAGAAGUCCGUGGCAUUAUUUUAUAUUAUUUUAUAGUAUGAAGAAUACAAUUGAACAUAGCUGAAUAAAAUAGAAAGGAUAUUUUCUCCGAACGAUUUGAGGGAGUGUGCACAUGCGGCUAUUCUGUGUUGAGCGGUUAACAAAGAAACAGGUACUCCUAUAUGCUAAUUUAGAGUUAUUUAUGUAACUUUAGUAGUGAUACAAAUGGUGGCCUAUAUGUUUAGAUUUUUAAUACAUUAUAAGGCUGCAUAAUGCAACUCUAAUGAUGAUUUGAAAAAAGUUGCAUGAAAGGCAUGAGCUCUGCUUAAUUUUUUUGCCAGGCUGUACACACUUCAUCAGUCUCUCAUUCACAAUUUGACAACCAUUUGAUAAUGCCUUGAAUUUCCCGGCUGCAUCCCCUUUGUGUGGCCGUAAUGCCCCCUAAAAAAAUCCAUGCCUUUUGUGGCCGUUGUGCCCUUGGGUUGAAUAUAAUAAUUAUAAUUCCUUUGGCUCUCCGUCACGUGAUCGGGUCUUUCUCACAGGCUACAAGUGAAGACAGGCACAUCAGGGACGCAACUGCGCGGGUCCUUAUCUAAUUCCGAGGCACAUAUUGAAGAUUUUGGAAGAACUGUCCACGUUUACUUUUCGUCAGCCAACAAAAUAAGUAUGCCUAACGAACAACAAAAGCACUAGCCUAUGUCAAUCUACUAUCCCCCAUAGUACAGAAGUUGACCUAUUAUAUUCUAUGUGAGAAAUAAAUAUUCCAAACAUAGUCUGGGACAGUUGUGGGAUGCGAUAGAUCCCAAAUGAAUAUAACCACUAGCAUAAAAAAAACUGUUUUAAGCAAUGAGCAUGAUGCAACAGAUGAGAACGCUUAUCUUAAAAUGUUAAUAAACUAUUAUGCUAUUUCUUCACAUUAUAAGCGCAGCAAUGUGCACACACACGGCAGUAGGCUAUAAGCGCAAAUGUUCAAUUAGCAGGAAAACACCAUUCUCUAACAAAUGCGAUUAUGCUUUUAUUAUAAAGGUGCGUUUUUAUGGUGAAAAUUAUCUUCCCCAAACUUGAAACUUGCACGCUGCGCAUGUAUGCCAGUUAGGCUCUACACCCGUUGUAAAGCGGAUUAAUAUGCUUCAUUUUACAUUUACAUUUACAUUUUAGUCAUUUAGCAGACGCUCUUAUCCAGAGCGACUUACAGUUAGUGAAUACAUCUUUUUAUACUGGCCCCCCGUGGGAAUCGAACCCACAACCCUGGCGUUGCAAACGCCAUGCUCUAUCAACUGAGCUACAUCCCUGCCGGCCAUUCCCUCCCCUACCCUGGACGACGCUGGGCCAAUUGUGCGCCGCCCAUGAGUCUCCCGGUCGCGGCCGGCUGCGACAGAGCCUGGAUUCGAACCAGGAUCUCUAGUGGCACAGUUAGCACUGCGAUGCAGUGCCUUUUAAGAAGUUAUUUGGCCACUUUAGUUUUGAUACAAACAAUAUCAAAACAUAUAGGCCUACGGGCUAGGCUACAUGAGGUGUGCGACUAUGAUUUAAAAAAGCCGCAACAAAAAGCAUGCGCUGUUUCUUGCCUUAAGCUGGGCAUCAUUCAAGUGAUAGGCUAAUAUUGUCACCCAUCACACUAUUCUUACUCAUACUAAAUAAUAUAUGUGUGAAAUUUGUUUUGAUUUAGAAUGAAAUAUGUUUUGUUUUAGAAUGGACCAUUAUCAUGCACCUGUCUCGAAACCGGCAGCAGAAAAAAAAAAAACUGUAGGACGCUUUUCCUAUGGUUCAUUUUCAUGCCAGCCAGGUAGGCUGUACACCUGUUGUAAAGAGAAGCAAUGUGCUUAGUAUUAGGAAAGUUGAGAAAUAAAUGUAGUAGGCUUAGCCUAUAGAAAACUGAUGGCAUCCUCCUCUUUUUAAUAGAGGCCAUCACUCUCAUGCAAUUGCAUAGCCUAUGGAAAUGUUGCUCAACCUGAGCCCAUGGGCUCUCAUGACGUGUUUGAUUAGAUCUUUGAACAUUUGCAUUGAUGUCAGAGUGAUUAGAGGGACAAUAGAGUGCUGAGUACCAGGCAGUUAGCAAUUUUGAUAGGCUACUAAUGAACAUCAGCAGCAUCAGAGCUUGGAGAAGCCUAAUUACCGUGACUAAACGGUCACGUGGAAUUUGACUGCAGUCAUGACUCGUGACCGCCAGUGUGGCGGUAGUACGGUCACCAUAACAGCCCUAACUAAGACCUAACUUGAGAUCUUUGCCCGUAUCUAAAUGUUUUGUUCAAAUCUCUCAUUCUCACCAAUAAACCAUUUAUAUGAAGUUAACAAGUAAUGCACAUGGAUCUCAAUUUAGAAUUCAGCUUUUAAAAAUGAACCCUCUACAUCUUCUCCCUAUAGACCGGCCAGCUCCCUUGCUGAGCUCAGACAGUGCUGGGGCUGUCCGUAUAGAGGCUGGUCCAGUGGAGGCCAGCAUUGAGGACCUGAACCUCUUCCUCCCCUGUGAGCACUCCCUAAUCCAGCCAGACGCCCGGGCCCUCGGCCCCAUCAGCACCCCCUCGGGUAUGGAGCUCAAACUGGUCAGCAGUUCGAGGUCAAACCUGGAGGUCAAAUUAGCCCAGGAGUUGGAGUACCACAAAUUCGGCAGCUACUGCCGGAUGGACCAGCCUGACUUCAGCCCCUACCCUCACCCUACCACCCCACAGCGCCUCUCAUCACAGGACCUCUCCUCCACCAGAGGCCUCCCGGACCUCAGGCCCUCCCAGCCCCCAGUGUCCUCUGUCCAGUCCUGGACCAAAACCCAGGCCGGCCAGCCCAGCAGCGUGGAGGUGGACCCCCACCUCCAUCUCUCUAACCUAGGCCUGUACGAGGCUGCGGCCCCCUUCGGGGCCACCACACCCAGACACCAGCUAUCCAGCCACAUCCCUGAGUCCACCAGCAGCCCCUCUCUGAGCCAGGGCCAGUACUCCCCCCAGCAGCAAUAUCCCUACGCCCAGUACGACCGCCUCCAGUCCUGGCCAGCCUACCCAGUGCCAGAGUCAGUUGCCCCAGACCUCUCUGCAGGGCUGCACCUGAACUCGGGUGCUAAGUUUGGACCUUCACAAGACCCAGGUAGGGAUGAUACACAAAGAUUACAUUGCUUGAUACCAGUAUUACCAUUACUACAGCUAGUCUACAGCUGAUGUAGAUUCCCUAAUCAAUAUGACAGCUAUCUAGCACUUCAAUCAGGAAAGCAUUUAUGAGAAACGGUGUGUUUGUGUGUGCAUGUAUGUGUGUGUGUGUGUUGCAGCAGGCCUGUUUAUCCAGAACGCCAGUGGGAUCCAGAUAGGCAGCAACAACACACUCAGCAUCAGGGGUCAUGAAUUCAACAGCAGCUUAGCCAGCACUCUCUCCAACGGGGCAAACUCACUCUCUCUGCUCAAAGAAAACCUGCAGAUGUAUGGUAAGAGUAGAAUACAUCCUGCAAAGAGGAGCCUACUUCCUGAAAAUAGACAUCAGCUUCCUAUUUGUCUAUGUCAUGUUUUUUACUAGUCCCAUAUUUUGCAUUUGGCCACAAUAGAGGGGUUCUAUGCUCAUAUGGUUCAGGAAGGGAACCACAAAAUGUACCAUAAAACCAUUAAUCAAUGCAUUGUUUGUUUACAAAUUUACACUGAACAAAAUUAUUAACGCAACAUGUAAAGUGUUGGUCCCAUGUUUCAUGAGCUGAAAUAAAAGAUCCCAGAAAUGUUCCAUAUACACAAAAAGCUUAUUUCUCUCAAAUUGUGUGCACAAAUGUGUUUACAUCCCUGUUAGUGAGCAUUUCUCCUUUGCCAAGAUAAUCCAUCCAUCUGACAGGUGUGGCAUAUCAAGAAGCAGAUUGAACAGCAUGAUCAUUACACAGGUGCACCUUGUGCUGGCCACGAUAAAAGGACACUCUAAAAUGUGCAGUUUUGUCACACAACACAAUGCCACAGAUGUCUCAAGUUUUGAGGGAGUGUGCAAUUGGCAUGCUGACUGCUGGAAUGUCCACCAAAACUAUUGCCAGUGAAAUUAAUGUUAAUGUCUCUACCAUAAGCUGCCUCCAAUGUCAUUUUAGAGAAUUUGGCAGUACGUUCAACCGGCCUCACAACCGCAGACCAUGUGCAUGGUGUCGUGUGGGCGAGCGGUUUGCUGAUGUCUCCUUUGUGAACAGAGUGCCCCAUGAUGGCGGUGGGGUUAUGGUAUGGGCAGGCAUAAGCUACGGACAACAAACACAAUUGCAUUUUAUGGAUGGCAAUUUGAAUGCGCAAAAAUACCGUGACGAGAUCCUGUUGCCCAUUGCGAGGCCCAUUUUUUUAUAAGGUGUCUGACCAACAGAUGCAUACCUGUAUUCCCAAUCAUGUGAAAUCCAUAGAUUAGUGCCUAUUGCAUUUAUUUCAAUUGACUGAUUUCCUGAUAUGAACUGUAACUCAGUAAAAUCUUUGAAAUUGUUGCAUGUUGCAUUUAUAUUUUUGUUCAGUAUAUAUUUGAGGUUAUAAUUGGGUUGGAUAGUUAAUCUAAGACAAUGGGGAAUGUAUAAGUUAUAUUAUUCAACAGUCAAUGGGUAUGUAUCAUUAAUUGACAGUAAAUGAUAAAAAAUUAUUGUUAAUAUCACAGAACAGGGCUUUAACUUCCAUGUUAUACAAUAUGUUCUGUUGUGUCCUGUCCCGUGUUCAGAGGACCAGGCUGUGACUGAGGAGCACCUGGAUCUCCUGAGAGAUAACAUUGGGAGGGACUGGAAGCGCUGCGCCCGUCGUCUGGGCCUGAGCGAGGUGGAGGUGGAGACCAUUGACCAUGACUUCCAUCGUGACGGGCUGCCUGAAAAGGUGCACCAGAUGCUGGAGCGUUGGAGGAUGAAGGAGGGCUCUGUGGGCUGCACCGUGGGCCGGCUCUGCAGAGCCCUGGAGAACUGUGUUAAAAUCGACCUGGUGAAGAGGCUUCUGCACUCCAGCAGGACCAACAGUUCUCUGUAGGUACAAUAGCCUGUAUCAACUGUAUUCCAUUCCCCCUAACCCUAUACCAGAGGGAUUACUAUCGACUCCAGCACCCCACCCACACCCUUCCACUCCUACCAACCAAUCUAACGUUUAAUGACUGUGAGUUGAGUAGUUAGUAUUGACUUUGAACCACUUAAUUACUGUAAGGUAGUCUGGGUGGAAUUUUCUUGCCAUAUGAUAUGGAUAUGAGUGUAGCAGCCCAAAUACACCAUUCCAAUCUGAAAUAAACAUUGCCAACCCCAAAUUCAAGUAUUUGCUUUAAAGGGGCAAUCUGCAGUU